AUCUGAAGGGAAGACAUGUAGCUCAGCAGCAGAGUGGAGAUGUUCGCAGGCUCUGUCACUGACACUGAGGCAACCCUCACGAAACUUGAAACAGGGGGGCAUUCCCAGAACAUGUGCAGAAACGUUCCCAGGGCCUUUAAUGGGCACAGCGGACAUGAGGCAUCAUCAGUCACCUUUAUAAAAUGCAGUUUGCGAGGGGUCAGGAGGAGGCGGCCACAACUGAACUCAGCAGAUGAUCGUUUGAAGAGAAACGCUUCAAAGCAGAAACAGACUGGAGUUAGAAAGAAAGGAGAGACAGCAGGAUGGAUGUGACGUCACACCGCCGGGACUCUGACAUCACUGAGGGUGGAGCCAAUAAGAACGCCGUCCAAUCAGAAUGCAUAUCGAGCCAGCCCACAGCCAAUAGGACGCUGCCGCAUCACAACACAGAUCCUCUUCCUGGAGAGGACGCCCCUCCCCUGCUCUCUGAUAGGUCAGAGGAAGGUGACAGCGGUGAUGACUCUUUGACGGACGGCUCCUCCACCAAUGACAUCGCUCGCCUGCUGCCCUCACAGACCGCCUCCUCAAUCACAAAACAGAAAGGUGUGGACAACUGCUCCAUGUCUCCGCCUCCUGUGUGUACUCCUCCAUCUUCCUCCUUCUCUUCUCCUCCUCCUCCUCCUCCUCCUCCUCCUCCUCCUCCUCUUCAUCUUCCUCCGUCUCGGUCGUCUACCUGUAACAGACUCAGCUGCAGCAUUCCUCAUCCUCAUCAGCAUAGACAUAAUAAACAUCAUCCACAUCGACAAAGCACCGAUGACAAACGACUGUCCUCCACGAAGAGCCACACAUCAGUUAAGACGGACGCCGCCCAAAUCAAAGAGGUCGCCGGAGAAGACUGCUGCGCUCACUGCCUCCUGGCCUGUCUGUUCUGCGAGCUGCUCUCCAUGUGUUCGGCGGUGGGGGAGUGUCUGGCCUGUGGAGGAAGCGGAGCCGGCUGCUGCGACGCUACGAUUGGCUGCUGCUGCUGCAUGGAGGCCUGCACCGAGGACGCCUGUCAGGCCGUGCUGGAUUGUGGGAUGAUAGAGGAGUGCUGCGGAUCCACUGACUGCCUGGAGAUCUGCCUGGACUGCUGCUCCAUCUGCUUCCCCUCGUAGAGCAGCCAAUCAGAGAAGGACUACAAGAUGAUGUCGCUGACAGUUGCCUUGACACGGGAAAACAGAACGAUGAAAUCAGAACCCCAGACGAAUAGUUCAAGGGUUCGUUCUGGGUAUUGAGGAUCUAAAUCAAAAUGAAACGCUGAUUUACAAACGUCUGUAAGUCAAUGUGAAAAUAUCUCGGGUGCCAUGGCAAGUUGCUAUUCGACAGUUUGGCCGCUCAAAACAUUGACGCCCAAUGUUUUUCUGAGACCUUAAGACAAUGGAAAUAUAAAGAAGACUGGGUAAAGUGUCGGACGCAGGCCCCGUUUACUCCCAUUAAAAGUGUUUGUACUAAAAUGUUUUACCUCAAAACAAAAUCUGCUAAUUUACGGACUCUUCUUUUUCCUUUGUUUACUUCUGGAGCAUAGUGACAUUACUAUGUUACACUUGCAUCUCUAUUGGCUAGCGCUUCCAAACAUUGUACUUGACAGGCUAAAGGGGCGGGACAUCUCUAAGUGUUUGACCAAUCACAGCAGAGCCGGCCAGUUAACCAAUCAGAGCAGACUGGGCUCUGGUUUCAGACAGAGGGUGAAAAGAGGUGCUGCAGCACAGGCAGUAUGAGAAAAAUAAAGAGCUUUCUGAACAUUAAAGCAUGGAGACAUGUCCCAGGAGAGACUCUACAUACUGAUAUGAACCUGAACUCUCGCAUAAUAGGGCCCCUUUAAGUUGUGCUUUAAGUAUUUCUACAGAGGAAUGUUGUGCUCUGUGAUAUUCCUGCUCUCCGUUCAGAUUUCUGUCUCUGUUGGACAGACAGAUGGACAGAUGUAUCAACAUUUGGUGCCGCAGAGAGCAGUGUUUCCUGUCUGCAGAGAGGAAGGGGCGGGGGGGGGGGUACUUCCUGUCACAGAGCAGCAGUUAACGUUCAUUUCAUUAUCUGUAACCAUCUUUAACUGACAUGACUCACACUGUAGAUUUAAUAAGGUCAGUGAUUUCAGGAUUAAGUCUGGUCUUCAUCUUCCGGGGUUUGAUGUCCAGAUGAAAGACUUCACGUUAAAAGAAAUACAUUCAGUUUUACACAUAAGAAAGAAUUUCAAUUCCUUUCAUUUAACAACAAAUUAUGAGAACUUGAUAAUCAUAAUAAACUUAAAUAUUGACUGACUCUUGUUCCAGUAAAGCUUUCCUCUAAUAUGUGCUACUAUAAAGAGUCUCAAAAUAUAUAUUUCUGUUUCUCUGCAACAGAAAUAAACUGAACAUUAGACUCAGCUCGCCCCAGGCUGAUGGUUCCCUGCUGUGAUUGACAGCUCAGGAGGGGGGCGGGAUCAGGCGGGCCAGGAAGUGGGUAUUUGUUGAAGCAACAUGCCAGGACGUCCAAACAGGAAACAGGAAAUCACUGGAAUGACAAGGCCACCAGACAUCUGACCCCCGGGAUGACCAACAUCAAAGAGAGAGAGACACACACACACACACACACACACACACACACACACACACACACACACACACACACACACACACACACACACACACACACACACACAAUUCCAAAUAAAAACACAUCAAUUUUAUAUUUUCCACAGAAACAUUUAACUUUUUUUAUCAUCUUGUCCGGUUCUCAGUACUUUCUGAUACACACAUCAUAUUGUUUUUUUAUUCUCUAUAUAUACAGUUUGAGUCUGAACAUAAAUCAUCAUCAAUAUCAGUUUUAAUUUAGGGGUCACAAUGCUUUACUUACUUACAUUAUUCUAUUAGUAUGCACACAGUUAUUUGCUUUUACAUUAUCUUCUUUUUAUGUAUAUUUAUUAAUCGAUGUUGGUCAGAGCCUGAGAUCUAUGUACUCUUUCUAUGUAUUGUGAUUAAUGUGAUAAAUAAACAACUUGAGGCUUUAGAUCGGUGCAUUAUGUCAAUUACAAAUGUUUCGGAACAUACAUCUAUACAUAUUUUAAGCACAUUAUAAAGGCUUUACCGAGCCUUUCAUUAAACCCAUAUAUUUGUUUGAUGCUUCACAUGUUUUUGGAGUAACAUAGACUCAAAACUGAUUUCAGUAAUUAACAAACACUGAUAUUUAUCAGGUAACGCCACCUGGUGGUCGAGUGUAACAGACACGCUGCCCUCUGAUGGACAACAGCACUCACCUCAAAGAUAUACAAGAAAGUUAAGGAAAAAGUUAAAUAUACGUAAAAAAAUCCGUAAAUUAAAAUCAAUAAAAUAAAGAAGAAAAUAUGAUAAAAAUAUAUUAAAAUUCAUUUUAAAAUUAUGAG